AAACCAUCAAAGAAAAAAGUAUUUUACUACAUAUACGCUACAACAUUUGUAGGAUUCGCUUUUAUUUUGUCCUUCUUAAGUCAAAUGGCAAAAAUGAUUGAAUCUUUCGGCGACAUGGAGAAAAUGACCGACGCUUCUUUCCUCCUCCUCACCAAUGUGGUACAAAGCAUAAAAAUUACAGUUUUCAACACCUACCGUUCGCGAGUAUGGCAAUUGGUGGAAAGCAUGAAUCGGGAAGUUUUCAAGCCACGAAAUGCAACACAGUACAAUAUUCUAGUCCACGAGAUCAAAAAAUCAAAAUUUAUAACAAUUUCUUUUUUUAUUGCUUGUGUUCUCACUUGUGCCUCUUGGGGCAUUUCACCUCUACUUGACACAACUGUUACCAACAGGAGAAGGUUGCCUUUGAGUGGCUGGUAUCCGUUUAAAACUGAAGCUUCGCCUGUUUUUGAGUUAACUUAUGCCUAUCAAAUGUUUGUGACGACUGUUGGAGGGCUGGGUAACAUAAGUAUGGAUACUUUCAUGUCCGGAUGCAUUAUGAAUCUUUCGGCACAAAUAAGUGUCUUGAAUAAUGCACUCGAAAAUAUGGAACCAAAAAAGUUGAGAACCGACGAAGAAAUUAACGAGAGUUUGGUCAGAAACGUGAUUCACCAUCGAAAUAUUUUGCAGUAAUAAUAAUAAAAUAAUAAAUCUGUAUUUAUUUUUUAUUGCCGAUUUUUAGGUUUGCCGAUGAAUUUACUAAUCUUUUUA